UAUGAGUUGUUGAGCGUGGGGGAAAAAAAAUCGACAAUUUGUCAGUCUAACGUUACCAGUUACAGGGACUUACCUUAAUCAGCAUAAAUUGGUUAUUUGAACCUCAGCAAGUACACUCAUUACUCAAGUCAUAUCUUAAACUUUUCUUCAUUCAAUGUUAACUUCAUUUAUGUUAGCUAGCUGCCAUUUACUGUUUUGAGAAAAAUAAAUUAAUAAACUAUUGUAAGUUGGCUAUAAGCUAACCACAAAGAUAAAACCAUAACAAUGGAAGAGGAGAUGGUGAAAGCGAAGAUCAACAGCAGUGUCAGCUUAGCUCCACCCCAGGCUCGGUCACUCAGGUCAAGGAAGAGGGAACGUCCAAUGGAUGAAAUUUCCGAGACUGAUGAUGUUCAGGCUACACUCCAUCAUCAGGACACUGAAGGAAAGAAUCCAGCAGUGGAUGCCACACUGCUACAGUGCCACCAGUCCCCUCUGCAGGAAUCUACUAUGAUUUCAACUCAACAGCAUCAGGCAGCAGAACAGUCCUGUCUCACCAAACAAGGUCCUGCCAUAGAAGAAAAACAUGCAGAAGCAAGAAACGUUUACUUAAAAAAUGAGACAGUUAAAGCUUUUGAAGGGCAAGAAGAGACUACAGAUACCAAUCCCAACAAUGAUUCUCAGCUGGAGGGCUUUAGAGCAAGUACUGAUAAUGAUGCCUGUAAGAACAACGAAGAAAUAACUGCAGAGGAAUGCAACAGACCAUCAUCUCAAACAUGCACCAAUCAACUCCCGGUCAUCUUGCCAACCUCUGAAGAGGGUGAUGGAUCCUGUGCAACUGCUUUGGAUGAACAACUGCAUGAAAAGGAGAACUCUCAGUGUAAUUUGAAGAGAAACCAAGAAACCAGCCAAGAAGAACCCAGCAAUGUAAACAUGGCUGAUGUCAAGGAAAUCACAAAGGAGGCAGCAGCGGUGUUACCGGCCAAAAAGAAGCGAAGGAUGGGUAUGUGUGGUCUGACAGAGAAGGAGCGGAGUCACUUUUUACAGACACAAAAGCAUGAAAACGGGCAGAAUGGACCGGAGAGAGUUGAGAAGCAGAUCUGUAAUAACACAGAUGACCUUGUUGCUCAGGAAGAGAUUAGAUUUUCAUCCCCCAUACCAUCCUCACUAUCCAUCCCAGUAGGCAGUGUCACAGAGCAGAACAAGGCCGAGAUAAAACUUCUGUCCAGUCACUAUGGAGGGGAUGACAGGGCCGAAACUGAAGUCCACAUUGCCGUCACUACCUCAGAUGGGACCAGUACUGUGUGUGAUCCAGGCUGCUCAAAGGGAAAGAGUUGUGGGGCUGAAGGAGGCAUAGUGUCUGGGCCAGAACAAACUGAUGACAUGAUGUCAGAUCCACCUGCAGAGGAAGAAGAGGAGGAGCUUUUGGGGAAUCAGGAGCAGCAGGAACUCGAGGCACGUACAGCUGAGAUUAUGACUGAAAAACCUCAGGAACAAAUGAAAGACGGUGAAGAUGGGUCAGAGGUAGUAAACCAAAGUCCUGCCAUCACUUUUUACUCCAAUCCAACUCAAAAUGAGGAGACUGAGAACCUGGAUGCAAUCGAGGCUGCCCUUCUGCAGGUGAAUACUGUGACCAGGAGAAGAGAUGAGAAGAAGGAAGAGUUGACUGGUGGUGCUGGGGACGGUGACGGAGCUGAAGCAGGUGCUUCAUCCACAGACACUCUGUCAGCAGGAUUCAACUGUGGCUCUGUGGAGCUCUGCAGGGCUGCAGUGACACCUAGUGGCUCAGAGAGGAAAGACAGUCGUGAUCCUGAUGAUGAACCUUGUGCUGGUCCUUCUACUGUGAACGCUGAGCCCCCUCAGACCAGGGACACCACUGACCUGUUUGGAUCUGGGUACUUGGAUUACGUGUCGGACUCACAGCUGAACACCAUUGCUCUGACUGAGGAGGAGGUGAUGGAGAGGGAGGAAGAUCUUGGUUCCUCAGACUGUCAUGAAGAUGCUACAGACCUGAUCUGUGGGCUCAUCAGAGAACUCUCCUCUCUAAAUCAAAAGGUCAUGGCCACCCAUAGAGAGCUGGAGAACCUGCGCCGUAGCAGUAAAAGUUCAAGGAGCUCCAUCCGUUGAGGAUUUGUUUCAAGUCCCUGCCAUCCUGAUCUUACUGUUGCCCCAAUGGUUUGUGGGUAAUGAAGGCACUUGUGCCAUUGCUCAAACGUUCAGUUAUUUCACUAUAAAUCUGUCUUCACUGUUCUUGUAUCAUUGACAGCUGGAUGUUCAGUUUAAUGGCUUAGUUGUUCUGGUUCUCUCCAAAUAAAAGAUGGAUCUUGUUCAUGAA